AGCACGUUGCUUUGUUCACAAACAUUUUACAUUGUUUUUCGGCGAUCAAAACUCACUAUUGCCGCAUUUUGAUCGUUACGACAAUUUGUAGUGUGACUACAGAACAGUUUGUCGUCGUUUUUUGGUCCGAUAGUGACGUUGAGUCCCUGUUUUAGGAUUUUCUCGUCCUCCGUGGAGGCGAGCUUCUCGAGGCGGGAGCGUGCCUGCAUGGCCGCCACAAACAAUAAUCCGUCUUCAUCAAAAAUUGUUGGCGAGUUUGAUCUCGUUGGGCAGAUUUUCUCCACAAUGGAGGGACCUAAAAAAGAGGCCUCUAGGACUACAAAGCGAUCUUCCGCCUCUACCGCUAAACAGGGGGCCGAGGUUCCCGUGGGAGUUGAUAAAAUCAUCAACAAAGAAGGAAAAUGACGGCCACGCCUAGAUGCGAAACCAUAACAAAACCCCAGUCAGUGCCUGAGGUGAUGGAGUCAACCAAUGUUACUUCAUCAGAGUUCAUGUCCUUAUCAAGACUAGUGUCUGGAUUCACUAUGUCCAUGCAGGACAUAAUGAAACAACAGGCAAAAGAACAGACACAACUUAUGCGGAGUUUGUUGACGGAGCAUAGGCGUGCGUGUGACUCUGUGUCCGAUAGUGAUGAUGGACCCGACUCGGAGACCGAGUCUGAAGUUGACGUGUGCGAUCAAAUUGAUCAACUUCUAGCCGCACCAAAACUAACACCAACGGCAACAACUAAUACUAACACUAAAGUGCCAGAAUUUUUAACUGAGAUGGAGCAAGAUUCCUCCACAGAUAAUGUGACAGGCGCCGCCAUUACCGAUACGACAGUUGUCGGUCUAGUGAACAAUGCACUGACGAAAAGAAUGGCGGAGGACAAGUUAAAACAAAAAUUGUCUGCCUACCCACGUCCGGUAAACAUUGAGGCUCUGCAGAGCCCAAGAGUGAAUCCGGAGGUAUGGAGAAAAAAUAAAAUUCCUACCAAAAGCCAGGAUGUGAAGUUUCAACAGAUCCAAACUAGAAUGGCGAAGGGAUUAACUCCCCUUGUACAAAUGGCAAGUGACAUGUGCGAACUGAGGCAAAAUGAUAAAACUGUCGACAGAGAAACUCUUGACAAAUUUCUCAAGUGCACUUUGGACAGUGUCACAAUGAUGGGGAGUGCCGUGCAAGAUCUGAGCCAAAGGAGGAAGGAAUUGAUCAGACCUGACCUCAAUGCACAAUAGGCUCCGCUGUGCUCGUCAUCCGUGCCAGUCACUACAUACCUGUUUGGAGACGAUCUCCAUAGAUCCAUGAAAGAAAUGGACGAGACCAACAGGGUGGCACACAAAGUGUCAAGGGAAAAAAGAUAUGGUCACCAGUACGGAAACCAGAGGUACUGUCCUUACCAGGCUCCACAUUGAAAGUAUUAUGAGUCGGAGCGUGGUGGCUACAGUGGCCGAGGGCAUUACUCUUACCGUGGGGCCUACAAUCAGGGCCAGCAAUCACACAAGAAGUCAAAAAACUUCAGGAAGGGGGCGGACAGCAAACAGUAACAACGCUGCAGGCUGUUGAGCCCCCGAAUACACAGGGAUCAUCGGACAUUGUCUCAUCCGUCAAAGAAAAUCUUCCCAGGACCCGUCUACUGGCCUGUCGGCUUUCCGUAAAUCGAUUCAAAGCUACCAACUUUCGGCAGCGACUGAAGACAAUAUCAUGUCAUCAUGGCGAAGUACAUGAUGACAUGAUGUAUACAUUGCCAAAUGGAUGGGCUACGCAGGUGGACGGAGUAUCGAUCCCUUUUCACCACCUGUGGGAACUAUUUUAGACUUUUUGACAGAAGCAUAUCACAAAGGGGCAGGGUAUAGCACAAUUAAUACUGUGAGGUCUGCACUAUCAUCCUUCAUUUCUAUAAAUGGACAGCCAUGAGGUACAUUACCGAUUAUUAAAAGAUUUGUGAAGGCUGUGUUUCAACUAAGACCAGCGUUACCAAAAACCCAGGUGAUUUGGGAUCCUCAGAUUGUAUUGGAACAUAUAAAAAGGAUAAUUGUUAAGGAUGCUACACUGAAAAUGCUGUCUAUGAAAACAGUGGUGUUGUUGGCAUUGCUUUCAGCACAGAGGACACAGGAAUUGCAUUUAGUGGAUAUACGAAAUGUGACAUUAACUAAAGACAAUGUUAAAAUCCGAUUCGGGGAUGUAUUGAACAGACCAGACCUGGUUUUCACCAGGCAGAGCUCCUUUUGCCAGCCUUUGCGGAACAGGAGCUGUGUAUAGUCCACACACUUUCUAUUUACAUAGAAAGAACCAGGACGAUACGCAAAGACACUACUCAACUUUUUGUAAGUUACCAGGAACCACAUCGAGCAGUGUCUAAGGCCACUAUAGCCAGGUGGAUCAGAUGCGUCCUUGGUAGUGCAGGGGUUCAUAUGACUAUCUUCACCCCACACAGCACUCGUGCUGCAGCCACCUCAGCAGCAUCAAGGGGUCAUGUCCCCAUUCCAACUAUUCUGAAACCAGCAGGAUGGAAUUCCACUAGUGUUUUUGGAAAUUUUUAUAACAAGCCAUUGGUACAACAAGCAGGACUGUUACCAAGUGAGAGUGUCCCUGCCCCAUAGAUAUUGCUCAGUGACAGUACUGCAAAGAACAGUUUAAUGUAAUGUAUAUAGUGUAUAUUCAUGUACCUUAUUAUCGUGUGGAAACUGUAAUAACUAUCCUAGACCUAAAACAUUUAAUAUGGACAUUACAUGGUAUACAUUUACUUGUGUUUCAUUCAUUAUGGAGUGACAAGAACUGUUUACAACUUUAUGCGACUGUGCAGUCGAUAUCACGUUUGUUUUACAUACAUGUAUAUGUAUUAUGUGUUGAGUUUAUGACACAAGUUAAAUUGGU